AUGACAACAGCGACAAUGAGUCAGAAUCUCCAAGCUUAAGGCCCCUCCCUUUCAGACCUAUAAAUUGACUCCCAUCUCACUCCACUCUGAAUCGCCUCAUUUGGACAAACUCUCUGCUGAAAACGUUGAACGCUAGACUACAUAAAGAUGUCAGACUUGGAGAGCUGCCUGGGAACCAUCAUUGAGGUGUUCCACAAAUACUCAUCCAAAGAAGGUGACAAGUACAAAUUAAAAAAGAGCGAACUCAAGGAUCUGCUCACCAAUGAAUUUCCGACUCUUACAGAGCAUGUGAAAGAUCAAGCAACAUUGGACAGUUUGAUGGAAAGCGUGGAUACCGAUGGUGACUCGGAGUGUGAUUUUCAAGAGUUCAUGACCUUCAUCACCAUGGUUACCAUCUGUUGCCAUGAGUUUUUCGAACACAACGAAGACGAAUGAGUCGAAUUAAAAAAACAAGUAUUCAUAGCAUAAUAGUAAUACAACACAUUGAUUCUCUUAAAGUUUGCUUUGUUCUUUUUCGUAUCAUAUUAGGAUUGUUGUUUAGUUUGAACAGAAUGUAUAUGCAGCUUGUACG